AUGGGUCGUAGAAGGGCCUGCCUAUGGGCACUUUUCCAGUGCUGCUACCCCAAGGCAAAGGCCAAGACAAGGAAGAACGUGGCCUCGGCCCAAGUCCUGGAAGCAGAGCGGCCUGAGGAGUUGGCAACAUCUACGGAAGAACUCAAUGUAUGCCGGGAACAGCUUCUUGCAAGAGAAGAAGAAAUUGCUGUGCUGAAAGCAGAGAGGAAUAACACCAGGCUGCUGCUGGAGCACCUGGAGUGCCUGGUUUCCCAGUAUGUACCAUCCCUGCAGACGACGGCAGGCAAGUGGCAGGUGCAGUCCCCAGCUGGCAUGACCAGCGAGCUGGAGGUGCUCAAGGCACUGAAGUCACUCUUUGAGCACCACAAGGCCCUGGACAAGAAGACACACAUCAACACACGAGGAGCACUUGAAGGGUGUAGUUUGUUAGAAGAAUUAGGUGCCACACAUAAAGAGCUGAUGAUUCUUAAAGAGAAGAAUAACCCGAAAAAGAUACUAACGGACGGGGUGCUUGAUGUAACUCACAAGCAAGAAAACAUGCCAAGCGCCAACGGAAAGAGAACCAGCGACGACUCUCUAAGCCGUGAGGAAGACCUGCCUCAGGUGAUCGAGCUCCAGGAGAUCAUCAAGAAGAAGUCAUGGGAGCAGAGCCAGAUGAAGGACUGCUUGGCAGCCCUCUCUGCCCACGUAACAGAGCUGGAGAAGGACCUGGACAUGGCCAGGAAGGACCUCCUCGAGUCCAAGGAAGUGAACAUGAAUCUACAGCGGGACAUUCAUGAAGCUAUGGCCCAGAAGGAGGACAUGGAGAAGAGAAUCAGUACACUUGAGAAACGCUACCUCGCUGCACAGCGCGAAGCCAUCUCUGUGCACAACCUCGAUGAUAAACUUCAAAAUGAAAUCGCAAAUAAGGAUUCUGUGCAUCGACAAAAGGAGGAUAAAGACCGACGGUUGCAGGAGUGCCUGGAGCUGGCAGAGCAGAAGCUGCAGCAGAUGGUGCUGGAAGUGGAGGCUGAGCUGGCUCAGUGGGUGGCUGCGCUCUCCAAGACAGGAGAGAGACACAGCAGCAUCGAGGAGAGGGUGCGCCAGAUAGAGGCCCAGCUGGAGCAGAAGAGCGAGGAGCUGCGUUGGGCAAGGCAAAGAGAAAAAAUGAAUGAAGAACACAAUGAACACUCAUCAGAUACCGUGGAUAAGCUUCUGUCUGAAUCAAAUGAGAGGCUUCAGCUUCGUCUGAAGGAGAGAAUGGCUGCUCUGGAGGAUAAGAAUUCUCUCCUAUGGGAAGUUGAAAAUGCAAAAAAGCAUUUAGAAGAAAUGCAAAACAACAAGGUGCAGCCCCUGAAAGAUCAGGACCGGGAGCGCGGGCAGCAAGCCAGCGUGCUGGCCAACGUGGCCCAGGUGUUCGAGAAUGACGAGGGCGUGUCUGAUGGCAAGGGCGAUGGGGUCACCCUCUUCAGCGCACCCGCUCUGCUGUCGCCCAGCGGGCAGGCCGAUGCCAAGACUCCGGCCGGGAGGAUUCAGGAGCAGCUGGACAAGAUCAAUGGAGAGAUCUGGUUGAUCCAAGAAAAGAAGGAGAACACGGAUCAGUGGGCUGAGAGGACUGAGAGCAGGGUGGGCAGGAGGAGCUUAAGCAACCUUGGGUGCUUUAAAUCCUUGAACUCCCUCAACCUGAAUCCCGCCUCCUCGCAUGCCGGCUCCUGCCCGCCCAGCAGAGGGUGCUCCAAGCCCCGAAUGAGGCGGCACAGCCCUGCGCGGGAAGUAGACAAGCUGGGCUUCAUGACUGUUUCACGACUGAUUUCUUUCGGAGUGUUUGUAAAAGAGCAGUCUGUGUAUUUUGUCCUGCUGUUGGAGUUCUCUGACGGUGUGUCUGCUUUCAGCAUUGGUUUUGAUUUCCUGGCUCAUCCUGUUGUCUGCUUAGUGGUUCCUAGUGAUUUAAGGAAGCAUUGUCAAAAGCUGCCAGCUUUACAGGAAGAGGUAGAAGAUGAUGAGACCACCAUCAAAGGUGAAACCUCGAUCUCCGCCUCGCUGCGGUCCCUUCGGCUGGACCAGCUGGACACAGGGUCACUGCACACAGCCAGCGACGAGGACAUCAGGGACGCCCACAACUCGACAGGCUCUCAGGACGGCCCCGGGGGCAACCCCAGCAACAGCAAUAGCAGCCCGGACGCGUUGCAGAAAGCCCCAAAGAAGAAGGGCAUCAAGUCCUCCAUCGGUCGUUUGUUUGGCAAAAAGGAAAAGGGCCAGCCUGGACACACCAGCAAGGAAGCGUUAGGACCAGUACAUCAUUCGGGUCCGCAUCAGGGCUGCCCUCGGCCACCCCGCCCUGGGAUCCACGGUGAGCCUCGACACCUGCACUUUGUGCCCACCCUCGGCCCACUGCCCACGCCUCAGCAGCAGAGGGGCCCUGUCCCCGCAGGUGCUGAAGUGAUGGAGCCUCUUGUCUCCAGAGCCAAGGACAUGAAUACCAGGCGGCAGCCGGGCGCCAAGGUCACGUUCUCUGCUGCUGAGGGCUCUCCCGGGCGCGGCCUUCAGAAACCUGCUGACCCUCCACUCCUAGGGAGUGGCCUCCGUGCCCCUGAAGGACCAGGCCUGCCUGUACUCACCCGAAGCUCAACAGGACUGCCAGCUUUACGGGAAGAGGUACGAGAUGACAAGACCACCAUCAAAUGUGCAACCUCGAGCCCCACCUCUCUGUGGUCCCUUUGGCUGGACCGGCUGCAGACGGGCUCUGGGUCGGGAUCCCGGCCUGGUAGGUGGCUGCUUGCCGAGCCAAGACGCGGCGAAGAGCGGCGCCAUCAUGUCCACCCUGUCGCCCUGUUAGACACGGAGAUCCAGCGUGAGAUCGGCAUCAGCAACCCGCUGCACCGGCUGAAGCUGCGGCUGGCGAUCCAGGAGCAUGUCCCUGACAGGCCGCUCCGCCCCGUCCAGAAGGGUACGCCUCCCUCCUUCCCUAGGGAGAGUUCGCGCCCGUUUGUGUUGCUUCCGGUUCUCUAUACAGACAUCCAGCUUAAAGUUCUAGCAUUCAAAACCAUGACAGCUUUUCAUUUGCAGCAGUAG